CCUCAGGCUGUGCACGCUGGAAAAAAAAAUUGAAACUCAGUGAAGCAACGUGGGCAGUAAAAUAUUGAACAAUUAUUUAUUGAAUUACGCGUUGUUAGAGGUUUUCUCACUCAUGUUUUGUUCCGCCUGGAUUUACUAAUUCGACUCGUCACCGCGGCUAAACGGUAAACGCCUCCCGUCUGUGAAAAUAUGGGGAAGGCGCCUAAGAAGAGGAACCUUGCUGAUAAGGUCCGAAAGACCAAAACCUCCGCUGAGAUCAAAAACAACCCGUUUGAGGUGAAAAUCAACAGAAAGAAAUUUGAUGUUCUCGGGAGAAAAAGCAAGCAUGAUGUGGGUCUGCCCGGUGUGUCUCGAUCCAAAGCCAUCAGUAAGAGAAAAGAGACCCUACUGAAGGAAUACAAACAGAAGAACAAAUCCAGCAAAUUUAUUGACAGACGUUUUGGAGAGUAUGACACCAAGAUGGCACCAGAAGACAAAAUCCUCCAGAGGUUCACGAUGGAGAGACAGCGUGUCCACGAAAAGAAGGACGUAUACAAUCUGAAUGAGGAGGAAGAGCUGACUCAUUAUGGCCAGUCUCUGGCUGAAAUGGAGAAAUUCAAUGACAUUGUGAACAGUGAUGAUGAAUCAGAAGAAAAAGGUCUAUUGUCUGCUGAGCUGACUGCAUCCCACUUCGGAGGAGGAGGGGGUCUCCUCAGGAAGAAGACAUCAGGGGAGCAGCAGGAGGAGCAGGAAGGAGCCCAGAGGGCCAAGACCAGGCAGGAGCUCAUUGAAGAGCUCAUCCAGAAAUCCAAGCAGGAGAAGAGGGAACGCCAGGUGCAGAGAGAGGAGGCCCAGGAGCUGACUGAGAAGCUGGACCAGGAGUGGAAGAACAUACAGGCUCUGAUGGUGAAAAAGACGCCUAAAGCUGAACGCGCUGACAAACCGGAGGAGAAACCCAAACGGGACGAAUAUGACAUGAUGGUCAGAGAGCUCGGCUUUGAGAUGAAGGCUCAGCCCUCAGAGAAAAUGAAAACUCCAGAGGAAUUAGCCAAGGAAGAGAGAGAGAAGCUGCAGAAACUAGAGGCUGAUCGCCUGAGGAGGAUGAUGGGAGACGAAGUUGGGGAUGGUGCACAAAGUCAAAUCCACUUGUCUGCUGAUGACCUCAACGAUGGCUUCAUUCUGGAUAAGCAUGACAAGAAGACUCUGGCUUAUCAGGAUGGAAAAUGGAACCUUGGGGAGGAGGAAGCAGAAGAAGAUGAGGGUGAAGAUGAAGAGGAAGGAGAGGGAGACAGUGGUGAGGAACAGGAAUCGGAUGCAGAAGAGGAGGAUGAAGUUGAGGAAGAGGAGGAGGGAAGCGAUGAAGAAGAUGGUCACUCAGAUCUUGAUUCUGAGCAAGAAAGCGAGAAUGAGGAGGAUAAAGAAGCUAGCGCCAAACCGAAGAAGACCAAAGAAGAAAUGAGAGCCCAGCAGGAGGCAGCCAAAUCAGAGCUCCCAUACACAUUUGCUGCCCCUGAAAGCUACAGUGAUCUGAAAAAUAUGCUAUGUGGUCACACCUCUGACAACCAGCGCCUCAUUGUGGCCAGAACUCAAAAGAGCAACCACCCUAGUUUGGCUGUAGGCAAUAAGCUCAAGCUGCAGAAACUGUUUGGCUUUCUGUUGGAGUACAUCGGAGAGCUGGCCGUCAGGAGUCCACCCGAACUUACCACCAUUGAUAAACUCAUGCCUGAGGUGUACGCUCUGUGCCAGAUGUUUCCAGAAGCAGCCUGUAAGUCUAUGCAGAGCAUCCUUGGAGAUGCUGCUCAUAGCAUGGAGGAGGUGAUUGAGGCCAAAGGUCAUGCUGCUUUCCCUACACUAGACAUGCUUAUCUACCUGAAGGUGACAGCCCUGCUGUUUCCUACCUCAGACUUCAGGCACCCAGUUACAACUCCAGCGCUGCUUUUCAUCAGCCAGGCUCUCACCAAGUGUCCAGUGAGAUCAUUACGGGACCUAACAUCAGGUUUAGUCCUUUGCUGUCUGGCAGUGGAGUAUAUUUCUUUUUCAAAGCGCUUCCUGCCCGAGCUCAUCAACUUCCUGGCUGGGACGCUACACCUGGCAGUGCAGGACAAGGCUUCGCUAGGUUACAGUGUGGUGCCACCCUUCAGGACGUCUGGAAAAUACAGUGAUCUCUUAGUGAUGUCAUCUUCAGAGUCCUGCAGGAGCUGGAGCAAAAAAAGCCUCCCACUCUCUGCUACUCAGAAGCUGGACCUUGAAAACGACCCUGAUAGAGAUAACCACAGGUUAAUGUGUUUGUCUACUUGCCUGGACCUGGUGAAGAGGUGCUGCCUGCUCUACAAAGACUUCCCCUCCUUUGCACACAUUUUUCAGCCAAUUAGAACGCUUCUUUCAAAACAUCUUUCCACCCAAAUGUUACCAGAGCCAUUACAGAAGCUUAACAGUGAGAUCCUGGAGAGCAUCAGCAGCGCUCCUGCGACUCAUAGUACACUCGUUUUUGACAAGAAAAAGCCAAUUCCUCUGAAGCUGCUCACACCCAAGAUUGUUGAAGUGCUGGACUAUGGAAAGAAGCGUGGCAGCACCAGAGAGGAGAGAGAGGAGCAGCGACUGAAGCAUAAGUACAAGAAGGAGUUUAAGGGCGCUCUGAGGGAGAUCAGAAAGGACUCGCGCUUCCUGGCCAGAGAGAAGCUCAAUGAGGCCAUGAACAGGGAUGCAGAGAGAAAGAGAAAAGUGAAAGAGCUAAUGGGCAGCUUGGCCACCCAGGAGGGAGAGUGGAAAGCCCUGAAGAGGAAGAAGAAGAAGUGAAAUGCAUAAUCUUCACCAGUUCUCCCCAUUGUCUGAUCGUUUCCAAAUGGACCGCUCCAGUUGAACUGUGGCUCACAUUUACAAGGUUGAAGUAUGUGGAAUUUAGCAUUUGUACAUGUUUUAGCCAUCCAUUUUGAACACACAUUUUAUACUGUUUGCGAAUUUGCUGAUUGCAGACCAUGUUGUCAAAUAUUCAGAUGUAGGCGUUUGAUGUGACAAUUGGAUACUGCUGUUGGAAGUGUCAGUCUACAAAGGAGUGAAUAUUUUGCUUGCAUUUUCCAUUUUUUUGCCACAGAAACCAUCAUAAUAGUACGCUAAAAUACAGGAAAUAACAUCUAAUUUAGGUUGUUGUAUUUUCUGUUAACAGUGACUAUGUUUUUCAAGUAAAGAAGGUCAGGGUUACUCCCACUCUGACAAAAAUGUAAAUACAUUUACAGUGAGAUGCUUUGUAAGGGAGGAACCAAUAAACAAACAACAAAUAAAAUCAGAGGAAAUGCAUCAAGCAUCAU